CCCCCUCGUGCCGUGCUGGCUGGAAGAGCAAGAGCCGAGUGUAGGAAAACAUCAGGGACGGGGGAUUCACCCAAAGAACCACCCAUUUUCCAUCUGUACCACCAUGGCGGACCCGGAGACACAAGCCAAGCCUGAAGAACAACCCAAGGCACCUGCUAAAGCGAAAGAAGUCCUUGCCACCAAGGUAACCGGCACUGUGAAAUGGUUUAAUGUGAAGAGUGGCUACGGCUUCAUCAACCGGCAUGACACCAAGGAGGACGUGUUUGUCCACCAGUCAGCCAUCACCAAGAACAAUCCCAGGAAGUACGUGCGUUCAGUGGGCGACGGAGAGGAGGUGGAGUUCGAUGUUGUGGUUGGCGAGAAGGGCAACGAGGCUGCCAAUGUCACUGGGCCCGGUGGAGAGGCUGUGAAGGGGUCGCCCUACGCAGCAGACCGACGCCGAGGCUAUCGCCGACGCUACUAUCGUCGUGCAGCUCCUGGAGAGGAAGGGGAAGAGGUCGAGGGAGGGGGAGAAUUCACACCACAGGUGAGGGGCCGCGGCCGUGGAGGUGGAUUCCGUGGCCGUGCGCCUCGCAGGUUCUACCGUGGCCGCUUCUUUGGGCGUGGUCGUGGCCGCGGUGCUGGACGCGGGGGCUAUGAUGCAGGCUAUGCUGACUAUGAGGGAGAGAUGAUGGAGGGAGAAGCUGUGCCCAUGAGAGGCCGCGGAAGGGGACGAGGCCGCAGCAGGGGCAGAGGAGGACGCACCCCACGUGGAUACUUCCGCCGCUACUACAGUGCUCCCCGACCACAGCAGGAGAUGAUGGGCGGCCCAGAGGAGGUACCUCGCCGCAGAUUCCGCCGUGGAGGCCGUGGCCGUGGCCGUGGCGGUCGCUUCAGCGGUGCUCCAGAGACCAGGACAUCGGAAACGCAGACACAGGUAGCGGCUGAGGGACAGAAGCCUGAAGCAUCAGCAGAAGAAUGUAAAGAAGGAAAUGUUGAGUCUGAGGGAGAGCAACCAGAAGCUAGCACGGAAGCAGUGGGAGAGGGACAGCAGGCAGGUCAAGAAGGCCAGGCUGCACCUGCAGCACCACCUCAGCAGCCAGUGGAGAACACAACUGCUGAAAGCACUGCGUAAACCCGUAACCCAACUCCCCUUAAGUCAAGCCACCAAAGUUAAGAAGUCUAGUUUUUAAGUUUGACACUAUCUUGUGGGUCCCUUGUCUCAUAGAUUAGUGUCAGCCUUGAAAACUAGCCUUAAAUGUAAGGUUGGGUGGGAUUGUUGCUGAGCCACGCCCCAAGCCCUAAACGCGCCUAGCAGGAGUCUCACCCACCCCCCGGGACCCCAGCGGCACACAAACCACCAAGACGGAAGAAAGGGGCAAAGUAAUGCAGAGCAGCGGCUUAAUAACCAACACGCUGUUGCUCCCGGUUACCAGAAAGUCGGCUCUGACCACCUAAGAAGGAAAACCUUGCGUGUCCUCACUCCGGGUCCGGUAACAAAGAGGUCACACCAGAACAGACAAACCCACGGCCAAGGGUUGGAGUCACCGAUAUGAUGGCCCUUUCUUUGUCACGCAACACCAAUGAUGACGCCAUGCAGCAAAUAACUACGAUACUUAUUGUCAUAUGGGUGGGGAAUGAAGCACAGUUGAUAUAAAUAUGAAUAUGACUAUACAAUUCUUGUACGAUUACAAUGGGUGGUAAAAAAAAAAAGGAAAAAAGUUUAAGACAGCUGAUUCCUCAUGAAAGAAGUAUUUUGAUUCACUAGUCCAUGGUGCUGAGGUGUGUUUGUUGCUGGUUGGGUUCCACCAAAAAAAGUGUAAAAUCACAAGAGUUAACCUCAUGCACAUGUUUGAUAAAGAACUCACCCCCAGUAGGCCCUGUGACGAGCCUGGGAUGCCGCAACUAGGUCCGUAUGGUACAAGACGUGAGUCUACCCAUAUACCCUUUUUAUCAUUGGUCGUCCUCUUCUAAAGGCUGGAGGAUUGCAAUGUUCUCAGUUUGGAUUAUUGUUGCAGGUGUCCUUGGGUUGACGUUUAGGGGUGUAUCAGAUGAAUUUUAAGAUCAGGUUUUAAAGUAAUGACUACCAGCUUAACAUAGCUAGGUAUGGGCAAUAGUGGAUGGACGUUUUUUCUUGUUUUAUGUCUGAAAUAUUUAACAUUGGCAGUUAUUUUUGGAAGACCCUAUUUUGACACUUUUUCUACAUAAAUUUUGUAGGAAAUUAUCGUGCCACAAAACAUGUGCAUUUGCAAUAAACCAAUAAAAUCCAUAAAAAUGUA